AUGGGGUCUUCCAAACCCCACGACGCCUUUCGCAUCGCGAAGACUCCCAAGCAACUCCAAAAUUUCGCCAGAAACCUUGAAGUUGCCUUGGAAAGGGCCAUCAAGAACAAUGGACCUUACAACAAGGUUUCCGUUCUCGCUUUCCAUUGGGCCAACGAUGAAAUGCAGGUGGUGACCUUGGAAAGUCAGCUCCUAGAAAUAUUCACUGAAGUGUACGGUUAUGAAACCGAGUCCUUUACCAUCCCAGUGGCACAGUCCACUCAAUGCUUGGGCGACAAGCUUUUAGAGUGGAGCAAACUUCGUCGAGGACAGGGAACGCUUAGAAUCUACGUCUAUUCAGGCCAUGCCUCCCACGCGGGAACAGUGGAUCAUCAGUGGUUUCUAGGCGGCAGAGCAAAUGCCCGCGGAGAUUUAGUCGGGCCAAGAGUGGAUUGGUUCGUGGUGAAACAUCUGAUUGAGUAUUCGGAAGGGGACGCCUGCUACAUAUUCGACUGUUGUUCUGCGGGCUCGGCCGCCCUUUAUGACGGGCCUGAAGUACUCUGUGCGUCCGGUUGGGGCCAAACGGCCGGCUCGAACCUGCCGUUCUCCUUUACCCAGGCCCUUAUCGACACCCUCAAGGACCUUGCCGGAGAGACUAAGACGUUAGCCGAGAUCUUCGCCAUCAUGUACCGGAACGCCUACCAGAGCCAAAUGAGCGCCAGCCCGCUACACAUCGCGCGCAGGGGCAAUCCGAGCAUCGCCCUUGCCCCUUUGACCUCGAGAAAGGGGGAAAGCGUGGAGCCUCGGAUGACGAGAUCCCAGGCAAGAGACCAUGUCGACCACCGCGUUCUGAUCAGUGUCCACUUGCAGGAAGACACUCCUGAUCUUCAAAGCUGGAGUCGAUGGCUGGCAACGAAUCUUCCUCCAGUAGUUUUCGGCGUCGACGUGAAGAUUGAGUCUGUAUUUCGGGCUGGAAGUACCUUGGUCUUGGUCACCCUGCCCUUAGAGAUCUGGACAAUGCUAGAUCCCCGCGACGAAGCCUUCACUUUUGUCGCACAUGUUUUGUCCAACAACAUCUUGCCUGUUUUAGAGGGUAGAGGUAUGCCGAUACGUCCUCCACCGGGGCCGACAAGCUCCGAAAACAUGCCCCCAGGCCAACACUACCGUAAGUCUCUCGGAUAG